ACUGUUGUUCAAUCACAGCCAAAAUGAAAUUUAGGAUUCAAAACCUAACUUAGGAAGUUUUUUUCUUCCUCAAUUUUCUUGCAUCUUGGGGCUUGGAGGGUGAUUUUUGGUCUAUUUCAGUGGAAGAGGUUGACACGUCGCAUGUGCACCAGAUGAUGACGUGGUGCGCAACUCCCACCGAAUAUUCCCUCUUUCAGUUCCAAGUUUCCAGUUAACUCUCCCCCCUCAGACAUCCGAAAAGCCAAAACCCUACCAAUUAAGCCGUCCUGAGAUUCAUCUUUCGAUUGUCUCAGCCAUGGCUGAUCCGGAACCUAAACCCAUGACCAUCGAUGGCUCAGACCAGGACUUGGCCCUCGCGCGCUCCCAAUACCUCACGCGAUAUGAGGUUCUGACUCGGCGAUCCCGGCGAGUCAAGCAACUUGCCCGGGUCUACAGGGACCAUUACUGGUCUCUAAUGGAGAAGGUCAAGGCCAGGUACAGGGACUACUACUGGGUAUACGGAAUAAGUCCCUUCAAGGAGGACGAGAAGAAGACCAUCGCCCUUGAGAACGCUACGGAUGGAGCCGGAGAGAAAGGCCGGUUCGGGGUUGGGACUGGGUACGUUAAGGGGAAGUGUGCGGUGGCUGGUUGCAAGGUAAAGGCGAUGGCUUUGACGAGGUUCUGUCAUGCCCACAUUCUGUCUGAUUCUAAACAGAAGCUGUACACUGGGUGCACAUAUGUGAUCAAGAGUGCACACGCAGGGCCAAUUUUAUGUGGGAAACCAGUAUUGAGAUCAACUAUUCCUGUCCUAUGUGCCACACAUUUGCAGAAGUCUGAAAAAUAUCUCAAACAAGCUUUGAAAAAGCAAGGUCUUAAUGUAACUUCUCCAAGUAAGCUUGUGCCCAAAUUUCAUGUGAUGGUCACGGAAUAUGUCCGCCAAAUCCAGAGCAAAAGAAGAGCCACUAAGAAGGCUUCUCUUGCUAAAACUGAGAUCAAGGAGGGGAAAACUAAUUAGAUCACUUUUUUUGUUCUUUGCAUAUUCUUUUAAUCUGCUUACGCCGUUAGCUGUUCAUGCAAUCAGCAGAUUAUUAGUCAUGGAAUUCUCAGUUGUAUCUUUGAUUAUGUGGACUAAUGGGCCUUGGAGUUGUGCCUUGAAACUUGAAAGACAAUACCCUGUGCAUACAGCAUACAUGAGGUACCAAUUUCUUAGCUCAUCUUUUGCUGCUUGUUCGUGUAAUCAUGUGGAUUCAUUUCAUAUGCACAGCUUACCCUGUAAAUGUUAUGAAUUGCUUCUUAUUUCAUUAAUCCUCUGCCUUUCCUUA